AAAGAAAAAUGAAAACGACGAUGGAAAUCCGUUAGACUUGAUUCCAAAUAAUUUUGGUGACGUAAUGUCAUUGAGUGAAACAAAUAUAUUAUUACCCGAUGAAUUUAGUGGUUUAGAAAGAGUUUGUUUAACUGCCAACGGUAAUUUGCAAAGGAUUUUAAGUUCAUGGUUUAAUAAAUCUGUUAAAGUGCAAAUUAUAAGAAAUGAUAGUAUUCCUAUUUAUCAUCAGAAAUUAUCUGCAAAUGGUGAUCCAAUUUUACAAAGAUUUGAUCGGGAAGUUAACCUUACAUGUGAGAGUAAGAUAGUUUGUAAUGCUGUAAGCGAGGUUUUGAUUUAUGAUAAUAAGAUUGUAGAUUUGAUUGUGAACAAAGGUAUAGGGAUUGGCCAAUUGUUUAGACAUCUUGACAGAUUACCCUCCUUUCGAUUGCAUUUUGUUGGAAGAAGUAUGACUACUUGGUGGAGAGAAUAUACUUUAAAAAUUAUUGGUGUUGAAUGUAAAAUUAAAGAAACUUUUCCAAAUGGAAUGUUUGAAAAUGGUUGGAUCAAAGUUAAGUCAACCAAUUGUAAUAAUGAAAAUGAUAAGUUUAUUAAUGAAGUACAAGGGUCAAAUAUUGAUAAUCAA